UGCGGCCGCUGUGCAAAAGGUGCCUCGCAAGGCGUUGGCGGAGCAGUUGGCGGAGGGAAGCAGCAGCAGCAACAGCAAGAAGAAACGACCAAGUGUGAACCUCGCCGACUAAGACCACACAUGUCGGACCCACGGGUGCAGCAACAAAGUGGGGUCGGGUCGGUGCAAGGCGUGCCACUGCUGUCACAAGGCGGUGUGCAAGACGCGCGGAAAUGCCCACCUCUACCACGGCAACGAGGUGGUGCAGAUGGUUUUGAACAAGAUGAAAACGAUGGGCAUGAUGACCGAGGGCAACUUUGUGUGCCUCAACUGCGUCAAGGUCAAGCUCAUUCAGGUGCGUUCGUAUGUAUCUGUGUGUGCAUUCGUGCCCUCUGUACGUACACGUGUGUGUGUGCGCGUGUGUCUGUGUGUCAGGAGUUGCAGACUAUCAGUGCGUCCAACGCCACCAAGGACCUGUGCGAGAACAAGACGAUGCAGCAGUUGAUGCAGGAGUACUACAAUGAGGACAACAACGGAGCUGCCCUCAUGCAGGCGUUAUUUAGUGUGUGGUAGUGUACAGGAGGGGGAGAGAGGAUCGUGUGUCGGUCGCUCGGUCGGUCGGUCAUUCGCUCUGUAUGCGUGCUUGAUCGCCUGCCUUUAUCUACGGACGUAUGUCUAUACAAACGCCUGUUUGCGGGCGUGGUAUUGCUUGCGUGUGUUGAUAAAUGGUAGGGAGGGAUGCGUCGUAUCGCUUGCGUGCGUGUGUUGAUAAACGUGGGAAGGGACACGCCAGACACACACAGAGGGGGAGGGCAUCUAAACGCACACACACAGGGAACGGGCACCCACACACCACUGACUUUUCGCGUCGCCGCUGUGCCAUUUGCGUUGAAUGAGGGAGGAGGGAUGACUAAGCACUUGCUUUUCCAUACGGACCGAGGAAAAAGACAAAGAAUAAAUGAAAAACGUUUGCUUUUCGGAUGUGUCGAGAAUUGCG